CCUGGACAGAGCGCGCUGAUCGCUUCCGCCGCGCGCGCGCACAGUCGUCGGCGCCAGGCCCCGCCAUCGCCUCCUACGGCCGCUCCGCUCGCCGCGCAGCCGCUCCGAGGCAGCCCGAGCUUCGGCAUAACACAGUCCCAAAAAGCAAGCUAGGAGCAGCGCAAGAUGAACCCCUCCGCCAAGCCGGACAUGGAGUGCGGCUGCUGCCCGGGUGGAUGCGAUGAAUGCUGCGACUGUUGUUUUGUAAGACAAAACCACAUCUUCUUCUCGAUCUGCCUGCCCAUCCUCUGCGUCGUCUGGAUCAUCCUCUUUGUCGUUUUUGCAGCAGUAUAUUUUCCCGUGGGGAUGAUCCUCAUCUUCUACAUCGCCGGGCCGGUCACCAUCGUCACCUCGAUCACGGCCUGCUGCUGCCUAUGCUUCUGCCAGAAAAGACAAGACGAGCAGGCCCCGAAGCCGACGGUCCGCAGCGUCCAGUACGUGCAGCAGCAGCAGCCCGUGGCACAGCCGACCGUCCACUACGUGCAGCCGACGCCGCAGCAGUACGCGCCGCAGCGCUACCAGCCCGUGUCGCAUGCCGUCGUGGUCCAGCCCCAGCAGUACCAGCCGCAGCCGCCGCCGCCGCCCAUCGUGAGGAUGCCGCAGCCCGCCCCGCCGCCGCCGCCGCAGUACGUGGCCGCCGAGGCGACGGUGGUGGAGGCCGCCCCGGAGGGCGCCAACGUCAUCGAGAUGGCGCCCGUGGCCGUGUGGCAAGGCAAGAGCGGGUGGGACGCCGCCGGGCUCGUCGCCGCGCUGCGGGCCGCGCCCCCGGGGCACAAGGCCCCGGCCGUGAUUUCGCACUGCAUGCGCCACACGGAUCAGCCGCAGCCGCUGCCGGGGGACCUGGCGCUCGUCUUCGACUCGCUGGCGCUGGCGACGGACGCCGUCGAGGUCGCCGACGCCUUGGCCAAGAACGUCGACCUGACGGCUGAAGCGGCCGCUGCUGCGGUCAACGCGGCGCCGUCGUUGGCGCGCGCCGACGUCGCGAACAAGUUCGCCUCGAGUCUCAGUGGAGCGGCGAAGGCCCAGCUCGUGGCGAGCGUCCCGGGCCUGUCGCCGCGCGCGCCUUCCAAGGGGGGCGGCUUCGAGUACUUCUGAAUUCACAGACCAGUAACUUAGACAACAAUAAUA